UCAAUCAUGGUUGGAUACUAAAAAUUUGCGAAUUAACAAUAAGAUUUUGAGUUCAUUGUUAGUACUACUAUUUUUUGUGGUGCUCCAAAUCCAGGGGGUGCAAUGAGGCUAGCUCCGCCCCUGCUGGAGAUAUUGGAGAUUCGUUAAUGAGAGAGUGAUCAUGUUUUCUGAGAUCGAACAACGAAAAAUAUUGAAUAUUAUGUUAUCGUGAAGACAUGGAAGUUGUAAAUAGAGUGUCAUGUACACAUUAUUAUCAGCUCUACACGUAUAAUGGAUCGACCCCCAAGGUUCACUGAGAAGGCUCGAAUAAAACGACCAUCGUCACCCCUCAGUACACCUCUUGCUGCCGUACUCGGAGGUGCAUGCACAACAGACCCAUCCGUGUUCAAGUUCGUUCAACCUUGUUGUGUCCAGCGGCUGAUCCGGAACACAGAAGUGCACUGGGCCGCAUUUUAUUAGAAAAAUUAGAAUAGUAAAAAAAAAUAUACUGAUUAUAAUUUCUUUACAAUGUAAAUUGUACACGACGAUAUUUUUAUUUAGCGAAUGCAUUAAUAAUGGAGUCCACAUCCAUACCAAUAGUAUACACUGUUUCAAAUAAAAUACUUGAGCAAUCGACUAGAAAUCCAUCGCUCAUUUUAUUGUGCAAAUCAAUUUUCACAUGUUUCGUUGUUGAUAAGGUUUUAUUCGUAUUAGCUGUUGAAACGAGCAACAUCAACACUAGACAAAUCAAUCUAUUAAUCAAUUUGCAUUGUGUGUCCAUCCCUAUAUCCACCAGCUGCUCUAGUAAAUUUUCCAAGGUAACAAACUUCAUACAUGUUUUAGUCUUUUACGUUUUAAACUUUUUGAAUUUUUAGGUUUCAUUGUUUUUUAAAUGAAUAACCUUUGGGGUUAGAAUUUAUAAGCUAAAUUUAGAGUAGUGAUUUUGAAUAUGUUCAUUUGAAUUAUUUUUCUAAUUAUACCCAAUCUUAUUUUAAAAUAACAACAACCCGAAUAUCUAAAAUCAAAAAAUUCAUAAGACCUAUACUAACUAUGGAUCCAGAGGAAGACUGGGCCGGGGCCCGGGGUGGCCACCCUCUGGAUCCGCCACUAGUUGUGUCUAUCGAAUUUUAGCUUUCGCUGGUUCUCCCUGCUCCAAAUAAAUUGCUUUCCUUCUCAAAAGCUAAUAUAAUGUUUUUUCACCUCUUUUCCUUACUGAGUUUUGUUCCAAAUUUUUGGGUGAAAUUGUGGUACUUUAUAUAUUAACCUUUUCCUACUUAUUAAAUCUAUAAAAAAAAAUAUAAUACGUAAGAAUAAGUUCUACCAUAUCUGGAUGGGCCCAAUUAGCCUACUACUGUGCUACUACACAUCAUGAGGGUAAGAAAUCAAAGUUUAUGGGCCCAACACGAUGCAGCCCACGAUAACAAUACGAUAAAGUCCGAAGUUCUGGGCUCUGGGAACUCGCGAUUGCGGGAACCGCCCUUAGACGACGGAGGAACUCUGACUCCGAUGCGAUGAACUGAUGAAACUGUCAGAGAAAUGAUGGCUUUCUGCCUCCUCCGGAACCGAUUGAAACCAUUCCCUAACAAUAACAAUGUCUUCCGGAGGUGCUUCUCUCCGCUUCCUAUCUACACCAACACCAACCUCGCUCAUCAGCUCCAUUUCAUCUUCACCAAGCGCCCUGCUACUUCCCCCGACGACAAUCCGGACCUCCGCGCACUUUCCCCCUUCCUCAACCCCAAGCUCGUCGAAACCGUCUUGUAUUCGUUCCAGAAGUGGAACCUUGCUCACUUCUUCUUCACAUGGGCAUCCAACCAGCAAGGAUACCGCCACAAUGCCUACACUUUCAAUGCCAUGGCGUCCAUCCUAUCACGUGCUCGACAAAAUGCCCCACUGAGAGCACUGUCCGAACAAAUCCUCCGUUCCCGGUGUCCCAUGACCCCUGGGGCUCUGGGUUUCUUCAUUCGCUGCUUGGGCUGUGCUGGGCUUGUGGAGGAAGCCAAUUCCUUGUUUGACCAAGUUCAAAGCGAGGGUCUUUGCUUCCCCAAUGUCUACGCUUACAAUUGCUUGCUUGAGGCUGUAUCUAAGUCGAACUGUGUGGAUUUGGUUGAUGCCAGGUUGAAGGAGAUGUCCGACCGUGGCUUUGUGUUCGACAAGUAUACCCUGACUCCAGUCCUGCAGGUUUAUUGUAAUGCCGGGAGAUUCGAUAAGGCAUUUGAUGUUUUCAACAUGAUUUCCGAUCGUGGAUUUCUGGAUGGGUACUUGUUCUCCAUAUUGGCGUUGGCUUUUACAAAGUGGGGUCAGGUGGACAAGGCAUUUGAGUUGAUUGAGGUUAUGGAAGCUCGAAAUGUUGGGUUCACUGAGAAGACUUUUAUCGUGUUGAUUCAUGGUUUCCUGAAGCAGUCCAGACUGGACAGGGCUCUCCAGUUAUUUGAUAAGAUGAAGAAUUCCGGAUUUGUGCCUGAUAUUUCUCUCUACGAUGUUCUAAUUGGAGUGUUCAGCACUGCAAAAGAACUGGACAAAGCUUUAGGUUUGUAUGCUGAGAUGAAGGAGUUCAACGUCCAACCGGAUACUGGCAUAAUCACAAAGCUUAUAUCUUGUUGCAAUGAUGAAGGUGAACUAAAGCGCCUUUUUAAAGAAAUUGGGAGGGAUAUGAAUCUGGAAGCUUUGACUAUGCUCUACAAUUCUUUGUUGACUGUUCUUGUUAAUAAUGAUUCGAUAGACAAAGCCUACAGCCUUCUUCGAGUGAUGCUUGGAGAAAGCUGCAGCGAUGAUCUCCAGGGGGAUGAGUUCUGCUGGGAAAAUGACAUCGUCCCGUCACCUAAUGCUUCUAGUUUUGGAGUUGUUAUCGAUGGGUUGUGCAAGGCUGGUAAGCUGGACUUGGCAGUUGGCCUCUUUCGAGAUAUGGGUCAGAAUAUCGGCUGUAAACCAAACCUAUUGAUCUACAACAACUUGAUCUCCGGCUUGUGCAGUUCUGAUAGGAUGGAGGAUAGUUUAGAGAUUCUGAGAGAGAUGGAGAAAUCAGGAUUGGUGCCCUCCCCAUUUACUCAUAACGUGAUAUUCGGGUGCCUAUGCAAGAGAAUGGACGUUGCAGGAGCUCUUGAUCUGAUAAAAAAGAUGCGAGUUCAUGGCCAUGAGCCUUGGAUAAAACACUGUACCUUGAUGGUGAAGGAACUCUGCAAGCACAAGAAGGCAGUAGAAGCUUGCAAGUUCCUCGACGACGUGGUUGACGAAGGUUUCAUACCUGAUAUGAUCGCUUACUCAGCUGCAUUAGACGGAUUGAUCAGGAUUCACGAGGUGGAUCUAGCUAUGGAGCUGUUUCAAUACAUUGUUGCUCGAGGUAACUACCCUGAUGUGGUUGCUUACAACACGAUGAUGAAAGGGCUUUGCCAGGCCAAGAGAGUUGCUGAAGCCGAGGAACUUUUGAAGGAGAUGGCGACAAAGGGGCUGGUUCCAUCAGUGGUUACAUACAACUCGCUCAUAGAUGGGUGGUGCAAGAACGGUUCUCUCGAGGCAGCCAUGCGUUGCCUAUCUGAAAUGUUUGAUAAAGGGAGGGAGCCGAACGUGAUCACUUAUACCACUCUCGUGAAUGGACUGUGCAACGCUGGAAGGCCGGAGGAAGCUCUCGCUGUGUGGAACGAAAUGGUGGCCGUGAAGGGUUUGGCUCCUGGCGAGAUCGCUUUCAUGGCUCUCGUUCAUGGCCUCUGCAAGUGCGGAAGGCCCAACGAGGCUGUGGUGCAUUUGCGAGAGAUGAAAUCGAGAGAGAUGAAACCAGAUGGUUAUGUAUACACGGCGUUGAUAAGCGCUUUCCUCGCUGAACUGAACCAUCCCUUGGCUCUGGAAAUGGUAGAAGAAAUGGUUCGUGAGGGAAGGUUCCCGGGUAAGCUCGACAAGAACCACGCAAUUGCCAGAGAUGCUGUUAUCGAGCUGUUGAGGGACAGCAGGACUUCUUCGAGUAUUAGAGAUCUCAUAGCUGAAGGCAAUAUUCCUUCCAUUAGUAUGUCAGACGUCCAAAGUGAAAGUUUGGAUGGGUGCAUUACUUGAUCAUCUUCAUCAUAUUUGCCUAAUUGAAAUGUGUA